AUGUUCCUGUUUGCAUUCAAUGCUUUUGCCCAAUGCAGCGAGAUUACUCUAUCAAAACCAGGCACGAAGUCUUUUAUCUUAAAGUUAGCUGAUGUAGAGUUAACCUAUAAAGAGAAGAAGCCAACAACAGUCACAGUUACGUUUAGAUAUGUCAAACACAAUUAUGGUAAACCUCAUGUACUUUCAUUCUCACACGGGCAUACGAAUAUUUCACCACCUGUCGCAAUGCAUGAUUACCUUACUCUACGAGGUAGACAUGACGGUCUUUUGUUUGCUUUGACAUCAGGCCUACCAGUCCCACGCAAAAUGUUUGAAAAGAAACUUGCGUCCACAUUAAAUUUCUGUGAACUUGACGGAAAGAAAUACAAAUCACACAGCUUUAGUAUAGGAAAAGCUACUGACUGUGCUCAAAGAGGCUAUUCUGAUGCAAAUAUUAGGUCUUUGGGUCGUUGGAACAGCAAUGCCUUCCAAAAAUGUAUACGAAACUCUGAAUAG